CAAUAAUUAGCGCACAACCUCCUGCCGUCCACACGAUACCGGAAAACAGCACGCGACCUCCGCGGCACAACAUUUUGUCGCAUGGUCGCUCGCCUUGCAAACAUCGACCUCUAAAUAUCCUGUCUUCAUUUUCUCUAGAAUGGCCUUCAACAUUGCGACGGACGGCGAUCCCUCCAAAGCUAUGGCAGCGGCGGGGCCAUCCAGCACAAGAUUCAGCCAUCCUUCUGCAUCAAGACCCCCUUCUGGCCUGUUGCCUUACGAUGCACCUUCUUCCAGAGGCUGCACAACCAUUGGCCAGCUUCGCCCGACAGCGGCCGAGCACGCCUACGAUGCUUCUACCAGCGCCUCGCGAGAUAGCCUUCAGGGGACCCCGCGUAGGAAACGGCAGAGGAUAGAUGCUGACCGUCUGAAUUUCACUUGAUCCCACCGCCACCGCGACCGACGCCCGAAAGAGGGAGACCGAGGAGUCCGCCAAGGGGCUAUCGCUCCCAGAGGAGUGAAGAAGCGGA